CAGUUAACUGCUGGCCUCGCGCUGCUUUAGGACGCGAUGAACAUUUUAUUUAGCAGUGUCCAAGGCCAAUUCAAAUUUUCAAAGUACAUCGGAAAGUUGAAUGUGGACAAUGGGGCGCUUAAGCUGCAGUACAGGUUUAUGGCGCCGCUCAUGCUGGCCGCGAGCAUUGUCGUGACCGCGAACCAAUUCAUCGGACACAGUAUGUCCUGCAUCCAAGAUUCGGGCAGUGCAAUUCCGGAAAAUGUGCUCAAUACAUAUUGUUUCUUUAUAGGAACGAAUACGUGGAGGGAAGAUACGUCAGAUUUUCCUCAUGCAGGAAUCGGACCCGCAAAAAAAGGCGUGGAAGUGAUGAAGCACCUCUACUACCAGUGGGUGCCCUAUUAUCUUUUUUUCCUGGCACUCCUCUUCCCCUCAGCCCACUACUUUUGGAAAUGCAUAGAACAAAAAAUUUUGGUUACCAUUACAAGCGGCUUUGAAUGCGUCAAAUACGCAGCCAUCGAAGACAAGCCCGUUGGAGACGUCCCCAGCAUCUCGCAGCGAAACGAGAAGAUUGAUUCCUUGGCCAACAUUAUAUGGCUGAGAAUAAAAAACAACCUGAACAACAGCUGGACCCUGAAACUUGUCCUUGCCGAAAUUUACGCGUGUGGAGUCAACUUGUUCAUCUUCUGGUUGACAGACAAAUUCCUUGGAGGCCACGGCACUUUCCUCUUCAUGACGAUCGAUUCAGCAGUCAGGAUUUUCCCAACCGAAACCAGCUGCACCUUCUACAAGUACGGUCCCACGGGCAAUAUCCAGAACCACGAUGCAUUCUGUAUCCUCGCGACAAAUAUUGUCAACUACUACAUUUUCCUCGCACUACGAAUGCUGUUGUUCAUUUUGAUUGCUGUCAGUGCGCUAGCACUGGUCUGGCGGCUGUUUGGAGCUUGCAUGUACCCGUUUGUCUGGUUCAACCGCAUCACACCCUUCAAUAAUAUAAACAACCUGAUCGAUGGCGACACCAGACGCACCAUCUUCAGGACGCUUAACUACUGUGACUGGGUCUUCAUCAACUACGUCGCCGAGAAUGUCGACGGCAUGACGUUUAGAGAAGUGCUUCUUAGUAUCGCCACACACAUCAAAAUUGAAAAUAAGAUCAAACAAGCCGAUGAUGAGCUCAAGCUGCAGCCCAGCAGCCACAACCAAAUGCCUGGUUAUAGAGUUCCCGAAAACGCAAGCGCACCAGUUGAGAAUUCCGUUAAUUAUGUUCACGAAUCAGUGAAGUUUGAACCAGAUUUUGCUGGCUUGAAAAACUAUCCACUCAAAAUAACAGGCAAACGAGGAGGGCCUAAUUGUAAGCCUAAAAUGUUCACAAAAUUUUCACUACAAAAAUUUCGUGCUGGUCAAAUGAAACAUCCAGGGAAUAAAACUAGUCUGUUUUGAUAAAAAUCUGCACGAUAAGGAUUACUCCAUCCAGUCCUAAUGUACUAGUUAAAAUUAACUAUGGCGUGCCUUGUCAUGAAUUGGACUAUUUUAGGAAAAAACGAACCGUCCCCUUGACAAUAUUGAUUUAAAAAUAUAAAUAUUAGAUAAACCUAUAUGUAACUUUAUUAUAGAUGGAAAAAGAAGCUGUUAUAGCAAAAGGCUCGACUUGCAUUAAUUAUUAUCCGUUAAUGAUUUAAAUUGACGCGUUUCCUCUUUUUCUUGUAAUGAUAGAACUGAAAACAAUAAAAUCUACUGUACAAAAACCCCACCUCGA